UGUGAAACGUUCCCGGCUGCACGAAGCUGUACACUGCAACACACAAGCCGGUAGCUCGUGCGAAGCUAGCGAGAAAUCGACGGAGAGAGAGGGACAGAGGGGAGAGAGAAUGAGAGAGCGUUAGACUAGGGGUGAUUAUUGUAAGCAAAGUCUACACAAUAAUACAGCUGGCCACUACUAGACGUGUAUCUGGGUGGCUAAACCCUCACAUGUUCAUAGGGAUACAGACACCGCUAUUUUGUGAAAGAUCCCAAGUUUCUCGUGGAACAUUUACUAUCUGCCAUCCAUCAUAACACUUCACUAUUAUUCCUCCAGUUGGGCGACUGUGUACACCCUCUGUACUACUCCGCAUAUUUAUUUUUUUCCAUAUUUCAGGAUAUUUCAAUCCGAGUGUUUCUUGGUUAUCUUCUUGCAUUUUACUGGAUAACCUUAGAGCCUCUAGCUCAAGCUUUGGUGGUUCGUCGAGCUCGCCGACAUCGUCUUUCUCUAUGAAACCGGCAUCGAACGACCACCACACCAUGGCCUACGCACCCAUAAUGCCGCAUCGUCUCAGCGACUUCUCCGUCAACUCCCUGCUCACACCGCCCCAGUUCUUCCCGGGAAUGUUCGGCAGGAAUGCCUGUCUGCCCGGCGCCGGACUCCCAGGAUUCCAUCUACCGAAAUUCGGUGAACACCCAGCGGCCUACUCCCCGCAUGACCUGCUGGCAGCGCACGCUCACCGCUCAGCCUUGGGUCCGUUGCAUCCUAUGGAGACACAAAGUGAUGAUUCUGAUGAUCCACAAGUUACUCUCGAAUCCAAAGAACUCUGGGAGAAAUUUCACAAAAGAGGAACAGAAAUGGUCAUCACAAAGUCAGGCCGACGGAUGUUCCCUUCUUUCAAAGUCCGCGUCUCUGGGCUGGACAAGAAGGCCAAAUACAUCCUCUUGAUGGACAUCGUCGCCGCCGACGACUGCCGGUACAAGUUCCACAAUUCCCGCUGGAUGGUCGCAGGCAAGGCCGACCCCGAGAUGCCCAAACGGAUGUACAUACACCCGGACUCACCGAGCACCGGCGAACAAUGGAUGCAGAAAUGUGUCUCAUUCCAUAAGCUCAAACUCACCAAUAACAUCUCCGACAAGCAUGGAUUCACCAUACUGAAUUCGAUGCACAAGUACCAACCUCGUUUCCACAUCGUCAAGGCCAACGACAUUCUCAAGCUUCCCUGGAGCCAGUUCAGGACCUUCGUCUUCGUCGAGACGGUCUUCAUCGGUGUCACCGCCUACCAGAACGAAAAGAUCACCCAACUAAAGAUCGACUACAAUCCAUUCGCUAAAGGUUUCAGAGAUACAGGGGCAGGGAAGAGAGAGAAAAGGAAAUACAUUGGCGCGACGGGCACAUACGAAAUCGACCACGGCGAUGACAUCCCAAGCGACCAGGAGGCCGAGACCGCCGAGGUCAGCACCACCAGUAACGAUAGACACGAAGAACGAGAACGAGGUCAUUCGUCACACGAGCUAGCGAGGCUCGCCAGCGAGGGCCGCCUGAACGGACCUGGCCUGAACAAGUGUAAACCCUCGGACAUGAAGGGGGGACCACAUGGAAGUUCGAGCUCCAAAGAUGACGUGGAGAUGAGGGAUGUGAGCUGCAAGGACCACGAGAGGAGGAUGGAUGGUAAACACAGAUUAAGUCAGGAUGACAGUUCAAUCGACAAGAAAACUGAUCACAAUGAGCGAUCAGACUCGCGGAAAAGUGACGGACCUAGCUCAAGACUUUCUCCUCCGAGCUCGAGACUUUCUCCACCUAGUUCACGACUUUCUCCUGCAAGUCUACACCUUGGUUCGGCUGGGUCCUCCUUCUCAUCACUACACGGUUCUCAUCCACCUGUCGUGACGCCCAUCUACCCUACACCUCAGCAGUUGUUUCUCAAUCCUCAUGCGCUUCAUGGUGCCGUACCAGGUCUAGGGGCGAUGCAGCACAUGCUACCCUUUAGCAGCUCCUCCCACUCCCCAUCUGGACAUCCGAGUUAUUUAGACACCCAUCCCUUCGCUUUUGGGGCGGCACACGCUGCAGGACUUCUUUCCUCGCAAGGGGGAGCGGCCAGCUUUGGCAGUCUCUACUCAGAGGCCGCUGCCCUCAGCUCCAUGUAUGCCAGCAACCCGUGUACUAGUGCAAUAUUGAAUGGACAUCCCAGAUUAAGGUUUUCCCCUUACCACCUGCCGGUCACCAGCACCACCAUGGUCACUACAGCUAACCCCCUAGCCACGCCCAUCCCCUAUGAAAGCGCGUUACAUUCAUCGCUCUCUGCGUUCGGUGGUUCAUCUCUGCUCACGGCAGCCUCAGCGUCCACGUCGCCGACAUCGUCUUCAUCGUCACUUCCAGCCAGUAAAGACGUGCCAACAUCGCCGGCAAGGUCGAUCAGCGCAGCCACUAAUGAACUCCAAAGCAUACAAAAGAUGGUGAGCGGACUCGAUAAAACACAGAAAUGACUGACAGAAGCCUGACAAUGGACAGGAGAGAUGUAUCAAAUACAAAUAUUAUUGGUAAUGCGGUUAGUCGGUUUUUCAGUCAUCGUGGUUGUCUGUUUUCGCAAAAUGUCGUCUGCGUUGAAAGCAGCUAGUAUGACGUUGCCGCUUUGUGAGCAGUAGUGAUUUAUACAUGACAUCGAUGUUCUAAUCAACCUUUCUGCAUUAAAAACUCAGGGUUAUUUUUUUUCUUUUUUUUCUUCUUGGUGCAAGCGUAUAUAAUGCAAAAGAGUUGCCCUACACGAAGGCGGUGACUGCGACAGCUGAAGUGUGUAAGAGAGUUACGAGAUGUACGCCGUCAAACUGACAGGGCGACGCCAGCCGUGUGGUCACGUGACCCCAGAAUUAUGACGAGGACUUCGUACUGGAAAGCUCACAAUCCUUACAGAAAAACUGUGUAUUCAGAGCACCACAUGUACCACGGCCAAUGUGCUCAAUAUGAACUGGCCUCCGAGGCUCAACCUCUUGAUAGCUAUAAGGAGGAAGUCUGCGGAGGUGAUCCCCCGAUAUAUAAACCAAUCUGGUUACACUCUAUAAAUAAAUGCCCCGGUGCACACAAUAAGUUUCCUCUUAAAAGUUUUCAGUCCCCAUUUCAAAUGUAAUAUAUCUGGAUUGAACAGAACAUGUGUUAGGGCAAUUUUGAUGUAAGGAUAGUCGUUACCACACACACGAUCAACUACCAAGGGUUUUCUGAAUUACAUGCAUCGCCGGGAGUUAAGACCUAUAUUCAAGGUAGUAAAUUAUCAUCUCUCCGCUUUGGGGUUAUUUUUCUCUCCCUCUUCUCUGAGAGAAUGCACUGACCGGUCCUCGUUUGGACGGUAAGAAUUCACGUUUUCCUAGCAUUACGCCAGGACCUUAUGAAGCUAAAUCUGCUCUUCAAUUUCCUUUCCUUUCUAAUCAGUUGAAAUCAUUGUGAGAUAUUAUUGAGUUAUUCAAUGAAUUAUGAGGUAUUCAUUACAAACAGGGUCUAGCAAUCCAGUCAUUUUCAUGAAAUAACAAUGAUACUAAUGAGUCCACAAUCGAAUUACUAAUUGGGCAUAUAACCAUGAUGCUGGUAACGAAUUGGUCUAUUCGUUAUAAUUGUGAAAGAAUGGAAGAUAUAUCAAAUCAUGAUUGAAAUUGGUUUUGUGUGUGGUAUAAUUUCAAAGUAGUCCUGUUUCCUUAUGACGUCUCGUCAACCCCUAAUAGACAGUGGGACUUUGGAGCGUCAGACACUUGAGAGGAUUACACUUUGACGUUGCCAAUUUAAUACAAUUACACAGAUUAAUUGGGCUUAUAGUUAUCUCAAAUUUUACUAUUUGAAAUUCAUGUCAUCCUGUCAAUAAGACUAGACAGUUUCUUGUUUUGAAUUGAUAGUUGACAUUUAGAAUAAAUUCGCAAAAUCUUUUCACGUAAACAAUAAAGGUUAAAUAUGAAUUCGACGAUGUCAUUCUGAGUAUGCAAAACAGUGGAUAUAAUACAAAUUGUUAUUUAAAUUUUAAAAAAGGAGAAAUAUUCAAAACGUUAUAGGAGAUAAAUUAUAGUUGUAUAUUUGGAUGAAGCAACAUGUCUGCCUGACAUUAGUUUCUUCUUCUUCAAAACUGUAUUCUGUUCAUCUGUUAUUGUAUUGAUGUUUUGUGUGUGUUUAAUCUGAAGCUUUUGAAUUGAAACAAAAUCAUGUCAGAUUGAUGACGUAACAAAGACAUGGGAAUAUCUUCCAAAUGUUAUGUUGGAUUAAAUUCUACUUGUUUCUUAUGUUGUUGUCACUGUUUUUCUCUCUGGAAGGUAUUCUUUUUUGUAAAAAAAGAGUAAAUAAUUGGAAUUCUCUAUCGCUGUUACUUUACAGUAAAAGCUUUCCUUUUGUUUAUAAAAAGUUGAUAGCAGUUUGUAAAUUUUGGCCAAUUUAUCUUGUCUUUAGAAGAAUAUUACGUGUUCAUCAGUGAGCUUUUCUCCCUAAUAUAGAACAAGUGUUUGUCGAUUUGUACAAAAUUUAGAGUCGAGUUUUUUGAAAACUUGAACUUAUUUAUGUUCUCCUUAAUCUGUAAUGCGCUAGUUGAACCCGCUGGAAAAAGACGCGCUACGAUUUUGGAUGUAGUAAAGAAGAUAUUUGUUUUUUUAAAGAAUACAUUAUGUACUGUAAAUUGAUACUUAUUUAUAUGAAAUAUUGAAUAUAGUGGCUUUUAUUCUUCGUACAUUGUUCAUUUUAGCCACCUUCAUGUGAGGGUAGGGCUAAAUUUUUCCUUGACAACGAAAGAUUCGCUAAUGAAGGGAUUUGUUCGAAAAACAUUAAAUACAUAAACGCACAUGCGUUAUCAAUGGAAAUAAUUCAUCAAUGCGUUAAUAAUAUAUAAAAUAUAUUGUUUCAAAAGUUAAAUGAAUAUUAAUACAAUUUUUGAAAGAAAACUGUUUAAAACUGAUAUGAUUAAAUUUUCUAAAUGCUCCAUAAUAAUACAAUUAUUUCAAGUAUUUAUAAUCAUUUUGGGGAAUGAAUGUGAAUUUCGAACAAAAUGUAUUUCAGUGAUGCGUCACUAGUAACUGAGUUUGUGUCUUGGUUGAAUAUUGAAAGAAGAACGUUGCAAUGAAGAAAUAAAGUCCAACUCUCGGGAUAAUCUCCCAGGAAUUUGUUCAACUACAGCAAAAAAUGAA